AUGGACGUGCUCCUGGGACGCGGGACACGCGCGCCCCAACCCCCGGGCCCAUUUCUGCCGCCAGACACGCCGAUCAUACUUGGCGAACGCGGCACGACGAGUGUGGGCGACGACGAGCGCAUCCGUGCGAUCCUAGCAUUCCUCUCUGACCCCGACAAGGCGCGCCGGUGCGCCGAGACCCAGCUGAUCGAGACGCCCGAUUUCCAGUCGGCCGAUGAGCCGGCCGUGCGGACCAAGACGCGCGGGGCGUCGGCGCCCGUGGUACGUGCAUGCGUCUCACAGCAGGACGACACAUCGGACGAAGCAUACGAACAGCUACACAGCAAGUUUGAGCGCGCCGAAAAGCGGCUGCGCCGGCUCGAGAAAGAGGGCCUCGUCCGCGAUCGGCGGCAUAUGGUCGAGCAGGUGGCACGCCUCGAGACGAUGGAUGUGCACAAGCUGCUGCCUGCUCUCGAGGCGCGCGAGGCCGAGCUGAGUGGCACCGAGCGGCGCCCGCGCGAAGCGAUCCUGGCGUGUGCCCAGCACAUGCAGCAGGAGCUUCUCGCCGACGCGCGCGAGACCCUCGCACGUUAUGACAAGCUGCUACCUGACCAUGCGCGCGGCGACAGGCCCCCCUCGAAGCGGCCCCUGCCCCACCCAUCGGUCGAGCCGCGCAGGAGCCGCGGCGAGCAGCGGCAAGCGCGUGCGCGGCGCGCUGAGGACAGUGACGCCGGCUCCGCGGGCGCCACCGGACGUACGGGCCCGUCGCUCGCGGCACUCGCUGUGCCGGCCGCCGAGGACGCGGCGCGCUCGCACGGCGCGCGCAACUCGGCGCGCACGCGAGCCACGAGUGCGUUUGGCGAACGCCUACCCGACUAUGUGGCCCGCCGCGCGGCCUUUGAUGAUACCAUGGCGCCGUGGAUCGAGGCGGCCGCGGCGGAGCGGUGCCCAUAA